UUCACGGCACCCUAACCCCACAAAAAAAAACACUCGAAAAAUUCUCUUUCCCCUUGCUUUAUCCCCUGCUGCGUGUCCAGAAGGUCGAGAGGCAACCGGCGGCCGGAGGCCAUGGUGGUGGUGGAAGUGCUCCAGGGCGACUCGGCGGCGGCGGUUGCGGACGACCUCUUCGGCAGCGGCGCCGACCUCCAGGCCUUCUUUGACCACGCGGCACUGGAUGUGAAGGCUAGCGGCGGCGGCGAGGAAGGGGAGGAGGAGCUCGAGUGGCUUUCGAACAAGGAAGCAUUUCCGGCGGUGGAGACGAUGGCUUCGUCUGCGCCGCGGCAGCGGACGAAGGGCGUGCCGCCGCCCCGGUGGGAGGUGGGGUGGAGCCCGCGGCAGGCUCCGGCUGUGGCGCGGCCUCCGGCGGCGGGGUGGCGGUGCCGACACUGCGGGACGGAUAAGACGCCGCAGCGGCGCGAGGGCCCCGAAGGGCGCAGCACGCUGUGCAACGCGUGCGGCGUGCGGUACAGGAGCGGACGGCUCGUACCGGAGUACCGGCCAGCGAGCAGCCCAACCUUCUCCCCGGAGCUGCACUCCAACCGGCACAGCCGCGUCGUCGAGAUGCGCCGCCGCAGGGAGGCGGCGGCCGGAGCCUCCCUCGCCGCCGCUGGCAAAGGCGAGGAGAAGGGGAAUGAAAAGCUGGAGUGUCUGUCGAACAAAGGCGAAUUCUUGGCGGUGCAGAUGAUGGCGGCGGCGCGGCCGCGGACGGAGGGCACGCGGCGGCCCCGGAAGGCAGUGGAUUGGCCGGCGAUCGCGUGGAGGCCGCCGCCUCCUCCUCGGGCUCCGGCGGUGGCGGCACGGCGGCCGAGCCAGGGAGGAGGAGUUGGAGUGGCCGUCGACCAAGGACGCGCCCCCGGCGGUGGUGACGAUGGCGUGGGCGGUUGUGCAGCCGCGUACCAAGGACGUACAGCGGUCCCGGCGGAUGGCGGCUUGAAUCCCGCCGCGCCGCUGGCUCCGGCUGCGGCGCCAGGCCAGCAAUUCGGGACGGAGAAGACGCUUCAGCGGCUCGGGGGGGCCGAAGGGCGCAGCACGCUCUGCAACGCGUGUGUCGUGCAGUACAGAAGUGGCUGCAUGGUUCCGGUGCUCCCGCCGGCGUGCAGCCCCGCCUUCUCCCCGGAGCUGCGCUUCGAUUGGCACAACCGCGUCGAGAUGCACCGCCGCCGGGAGCGGUCGGCAAAGCUGCCCCCCGCCACCGCCCGUGCUGGCGAGAAGGGGAAAGAAGAGCUGGAGUGGCCGUCAAACAAAGGCGUGUUCCCGGCAGCGCAGGCUAUGUCACCGGCGGCGGCGGGGGCUCGACCGCAGACGAAGGGCGUGAGGCGGCAGCGGCAGCGGCAGCAGCUGCGGCGGCGGCGUGUGGUGGAGCUGAGCCCGCCGCGCACGCCACCGCCGUUGCGGCGACGGAGUCGAUGUGGAGGAGAAGCAGCGGCUGUCGAACAAGGUCGCGUUCGUGACGGUGGCGCGGCCGCGGACGAAGUGCUUGCGGCGGCCCCAGCCGGCGGUGGCAAGGAUCCCGCCGCACCUGCCGCGGCGCCCCGGACGCCGGCGGUGUCGAGGCGGCGGUGCCGGCACUGCGGGACGGAGAAGACGCCGCAGUGGCGCGAGGGCCCCGAGGGGCGCCAGACGCUGUGCAACGCGUGCGGCGUGCAGUACAAGAGCGGCCGCCUGGUGCCGGAGUACCGUCCGGCGAGCAGCCCCACCUUCUCCCCGGGCCUGCACUCCAACUGUCACCGCCAGGUCGUCCAGCUGCGCCGCCGCCGCGAGGAGUCGGCCGAGGUCUCCCCCGCUGCCGCGGCUGUGGGCGACAAGUGAAGGGGAGCGGGAGCCGGAUUCGGUGACUCGAGAGUUCCUGCUUGAUGAUUAAUCUGGGGUUUUAUUAAGCUUUUGGCUUAGGGGCUUUCAGUGAGAAGAGAUUAGGAUUAGAUAGAGAGAAUGCAGCGAACGUAUUGGUUUUUGCAAUUAGCAAAGGAUUAGAAAGAAGGAAAUAGGUCAAUAGCAGGGUAUCCGGCUGGUCUUUUGUGGUUCUUGGGUUUAUGCCAAGUGACCAGUCACGUUCCAAGAUGGGGUUUAGAGGAACAGUAGAAGAACGAACAUGCAUCAGGUUACAACAUCAUGUGGUUGACGUGUUCUUUUUCUGCAAAUUUUGUAAGUGAUGAACGAAAAUGUGUUCACCUUCUUGAA